CAAAGGGAAAGAAUUGAUUUUAGAGGUGAAAAAUUAUAUGGAUUCUUUGUUUGAUUAUUAUGUUAAAAAAAAUUCAAUAGGAACAUCAUCUGCUUCAUCUGGAAACACAACAACUACUGUCAGUGGUUAUGGUAGCUUUUUAAAAAGAGGAACAAUGAGAACAAAAUUAGAAUUUGAGAAACAUAAGGAAGUGACCGGAGGUUUAGGUACUAAAUCAGAGUUAGAAAGAUAUCUUGCUGAAGAUCUUGAGCCUGAAACAGAUGACUUUAAAAUCUUAAAGUGGUGGAAAAUCAAUGAGCCUAGAUUUCCCAUUCUUGCGGAGAUGGCUCGUGAUGUAUUAGCCAUUCCUAUUUCAAGUGUUGCAUCUGAAUGUGCAUUCAGCACGGGAGGUCGCAUUCUUGACUCGUUCAGGAGUUCGUUGACGCCUAAACUGGUGCAAUCUCUUAUUUGUCUUCAAGAUUGGCUUAGAAGUGAACCUAUUCCUAUUAAAGUUGAGGAAGACUUGGAGUAUCUAGAACAACUAGAACUUGAUCUGGCUGAUAGUGCAAAAGAUUCAACUAUUAUUGACAUAUAGUUGCAACAUGUACCAUGUGUGGUUUGAUCAUGGCGCCUAGAUGGAAGUGAUG